AACCAACAACUCGCAAAUUUAGUGGCAAACCACUACCUCGAGCUCCCUGAUCUUUUGACUGAUGACAUCAAAUCGACCAACAAGGCGGAUGGUUGGCCAGGGGGGUAUCGAUAGCCCAAAUGGCAUUGUUCUGCUGGUCUUGCGCUGCCCGGGGUCCAUAGGGGCUCGGGUUCUGUACUCUCGAGGUCACCACUGUUGCGUACUCUCCGACACUGCCCAUACCUUAUUCUUCUAGUACUACAAGCCGCUCAACCCGGAAGCCCAGAGGAUCUGCGGCAUGGACACGAGAAUUGCUCAUUUCUGUGAGCAGUCGGGCGAGGUGGGACUAGACUAUCUGCUCACGUACCGGCACACACCCCUCGACUUUGCCAGACCGCCGCCGGGUCCCAAGAGUCCCAUCACGCCGUUCUGGCUCGGAUUCGGCGCAGCCCUCAGGCCAUCAUCUGCAGGUCGAAAUCAUGAUGGCAACGGCCGACCGCAAUUGCCCGCCGAGACCUUUGCAGACAGCAGCGUGCAUCCGCAACAUCCGCAAGACGGAAUCAGCAUCGCCCUCAUGGUCUACCCUCUCCACUUUCAAGUCCUUUACUUGGGGCUCCACGUUGGGUUCGCUUACAUGUCCCCUUUCCCUUCCUGGACGGAAUGGUACUUGUGGAUGGGAUCCACUGCAGUCGACUUUGGCCUCAUCGCCGUUUAUGUCCUGACCAUCCCGGCCGGGACGUACUUUGCUCUCUUCCUCGGCCGCCAAGUGUACGAUAUGGGGGUAACCAACCUUCUGGAAGUGGCUUCUGCCCUCCCAGCGUGGGCCAAGCUCCUCAUCCACGCACCGUUUGGUUUUGACUAUGUGGUUGCGAGAGCAGCGGUGCUUGGCGAGUCCAUCCUGCGCCAGCGGGCUCUCCCCCGAAUCAGUCUACCGUGAUGUUGAUCGGGCAGGCAUUUAUGUCGCAUGUGUAGAGCUUUUGUGGUUAUUCUAGGAUGGUGAGCACCUUGUAA